AUGCCCCCCCAGCCCCCAUGCCCUGCGCGCCCCCGCAGCAACCCUGCGCCCCCCAGCGCGCGGCUCUGCCCUGCCCACACCUACCUCCCCGCGGUCCUCGCGGCGGUCAGGCCUCCGGGGGCUGCUCGGUGCCCAGAGGGCGGCCCAUGGCCCGCCUCCGCGGCGCUGCCCUACCCCAUCCCGGCGCCGGCCCGGCUAGGAGGUCAGCACGCCGCCGAGCUGCGGGCGGAGGGCGGAGGCGGCGCGGGCCGCGGGGCUGCGGGGCCCCCCGAGCUCGGACGGGCCGCGGGGUCAGUGCUCGGGCAGGGGGCGUUGCCGGCGCGGCCCAGCGGCGGGCCUGGGUCCCGGGCGCAGGAGGCAGCGCGGCUUCUCCGCCGGCCCCGGCAGCGGGAGGUGACCGUCCCGGCGAGCCCGCCGCCGCCUUCUGCAGAGCCGGCCCCGCUCGCUCCGCCGCAGCCCGGCCGGGAUGUGCGGGCCCGCCCCGCCCCGCCGGGGUUCUCAACGCCGUCACUCCCUCCCCCCGGCACCCCACCCCGUGCUCCCGGGGCUCCUCCCAAUGGCGGCCUCCCGGGUCCCCAUCCCUUCUGCGUCCCGGCUCAGUCCGAGGAGCCGAGCACUGUUGUCUGGGGCAGGGCCUGGUAUCGUCCCCCAGAGAAGAGGGCAUUGUACCUGAAGGGCAAGACUGGCCUGAAUGAGGUUUUGACUUCCUGCCUCCAUCCUCGUGCCCCUGCUUCCUUCUGCUUGUCUGGGCAUGAGGCAGCCCUGCCAAUAAUAAAGUCAAGCCCACUGACCUGGGAUCUGGACAAAGCAGAUGCAGAGCAAACUGUUGUACUGCUGGGACGAUGUGAUGCCGAGGUCUUCCAGAAGGAGGGGCAAGCCAUACCCACACACCAGCAACUGUACAGUGAUUCCAUUCUGAGCACCAUAGUACAAGUGGCUGGAAAAGCUCAGGAAGUAUGAACGCCUGAUGGGAGGCUGGUGGUGCUGAGUGGAGGGGCCACCUCUGGCAGGAUGGCAUUCCUCAUGUCAGUCUCCUUUAACCAGCUAAUGAGAGGUCUAGGACAGAAACCUCUUUACACCUACCUCAUGGCAGGAGUAACCCCCCUCAUCAUGCCCUCCUCUCUGUCCCCAAAUCGGGCUCCCUUUGGUGCAGGAUUGAUGCACUACUGCAUGGAUAACCCAGCUGUCUUCUUGCCAGUCCUGUUUGGUUUCAACCCAGUGGGUAAGGCCAGAAAGGACCCCACUGAAGACUGGAGGUCAACAUUCUGCCAGGAAGCAGGGCAGAUGCAGAAAACCGCAAGGGAAAUAGAAAGUUUGGCGCCCCAUCUGCAAUCGGGCCCAAGGGCCUCAGUUGCCACCCCCCCACCCCCACCCCCCCGUCUCCCCUGGAUGAAAGGUGGAAGUGCCACCAAUAUCCUGUGGGAAACGUUACUGGCAGACAAGACUGUGGACCAAGGCAUUGUGGCAUCUCAGAGAUGGCUCUUGGAAAUCCUGCAGGCAUUGGAGUGGGCUUACCAGGUGACCUACUGCCAGAGCCCUAAGAUCACUGCCCUGAUGAAACAAGUCAGCACCAGCCCGGAGAAGAAAGGCCGGGUAUACCUGGUUGGCUGGCAGACCCUCGUCAUCAUCACCUUCAUGGAUGGAGUGGAGAGCAGCCACAGCUUUUCCAUCAUUCACUUCCUGCCCUUAAACUUCUCAGUUUUCCAAGAUGUCUGUGGCUUUCUCAUUGGUGAGCACAGUGACAUGUUGAACCAGAAGGCUCAGCUUGCCAACCAGGUCAGAGAAGGAGGAUGGGACUUGGGAAAUUAUGAAGAUUACCAGUGGCCAGAGGCUGGGAGAAAAGGGGAAGACCAACUGACCUUAUCACUUCUUCCACAGUGGUUCUCUGAACAGUCCAAGGCUCAAUGCACUGAGAGACUCCUCUAAGUGAUCCAAUUCUCUCAGCCACUGUUGAAUGAUAUUUGGGCUGCACCCAUCUCCCGUCGUAACUACAUCGUUGCACAUGAGAAAGAACAGAUAUCCUGCCCACAUCUAGUGAUCCCCGCAGCCUUGCAGAGCCUCCUCUCUGGGAUGCACCAUUCUGUAAGCUCAGCUCACCUGGACGCAGUGCCGUCUUUCUGUGGGGCUGUCAGGACCCUCCCUGGGCCAGGUCGGAGGCGCAGCACAGACCUUGAGAUCCUAGAGCCUGCACUGCAGUGA